AUGGCUGUGGAACUCAGGAAACAAGCUCUGCGCACAUUUCGCAACAAUCCUUCACGGUUCAACUAUCUUUUCUUGAAAAAACAAGAAGCCUCAACUAAAAAAACUCUCCGACAAUCUAAGCGAAAAGGAUUGAGAGCCUUCAGCGAAUCCAUCACCUCCUUUACCAACAUCUCAGCACUAUGGAAAAUGAUUAAAAGAUUUAAAAACAGAUUUCUCAAUGUCUGCAACGCGCCGCUCACCGCCAAUUUCGGCCUCAGAAGAACCACUCCGACGAACGUCCUCCUUGCCGAGGCCGGAGCCCUGAAGCAUAGAUUUAAUCUCCUUUCCUCUAAAUAUAAUCUAAAGAUCUUUUCUCUGGACUCUCAUCCGCUCAUAGAUAAGCUUUACGCGCUUCUCUGGUAUUCACGCAGGACACGGAAGGUCAACCCAACCGAAAAAUUUCUCCUGUUCAGGUCCUUCUGCAACCUUCUACCCAAGAAACCCUAUAUAGCCAAAUUUGACUACCCAGCCGUAUACUCCAUCGAUUACGAGGCUCUUAUCUCUUUUCCCACAAUCAUUAUCACCACCCCAUUCGAUGUGGAGAAAAUAAAAAACGCGCCUAUCCCUCAACUUGUCUUCUUUGAUAUUUAUAACCAGCUGAUAUCGACCAGUAGAUCUUUUUUUACCGACGGUUCUAAGAACGAUUCAGACGACCAUGUAGGUUUCUCCAUAUACUCUCCUUCUCCUCAUUUGCAACUACUAUUCGCGUCCUACUCCUUCUCUUCAAUCUUUACUGCUGAAGCACUCGCCAUACUCCAUACAUUAGAGUACAUCUCAAUUAACUCCACCCCCAGAUCCGUUAUCUUCACCGAUUCCCAAAGUGUUACCAAAGCUCUUCUCUCAAUUAAUCUAGCACAUUCAUAUAACUACAUCAUCUAUGCCAUUAAACAAAAACUACAUCAGAUCAAAACUGCCGGCUUUGAGAUCACCAUCGUUUGGAUCCCGGCACAUAUGGGCAUUCUAGGAAACGAAACAGCAGACUAUCUGGCGAAAAAAGCCAUCACCAAAGUUGCAGAUCCCUCUUGUCCGUGCGGCGCACCGAGACAAGACGUGGAUCACGUUUUUUGGGGUUGCCCUCGCUUCAAUAAACUAAGGACAACGCUCUUAUCUCAAUUAAGGAAAUACGGAAAAAUUCCACCACUCAAGACGCAAGAAAUUCUUAAAAACCCCUCCUCUGGGGUCAUUCACGCUCUCCAUGCCUUCCUCAAAUCCUCCAAUCUAAAUAUAUAACGCUAUUCCCCCCUCUACUGAAUUUUCACUCAUAUCACAACCAGUUGUUGGCCGGAGUGUAUCGAUCCCACUAGGAUCGAAUGUGGCCAUAAAAAAGGAAGAAGAA